AACACCUUUAGUGGGUUUAUUAACUAGCCCACUUACCUAAGCCUAACGGGCUUGUGGAGAGGUGUAAGAGACCUUGUGUGGCCCAAGCUCAUUUGAGUAGGGGCUUGCUUCGGUUGGUGGGGCCAAAAUUCCCACGGGUUGUUAGCCGAAGUCACUUGGAGAACCCAAGUUGUACCCUUAGACUAUCACUGAUAAUUAUAAGUUUCCACUCUAUUCUUUACUUGUUGUGGGCUAGUCCUCUAUUUGAUACCCUUAGAACAACACCUACAUCACCAUCUCUCCUCCUCCCACUUCUUCCUCUUCAUCUUCUUCUCCUCCAACUUCCCCAACCUCAACAAAGAAAGUCAAGUGCAAGAACAAGAACUACCCUCAAUGCUACAAUAUAGAGCAUGUGUGCCCUAUUGUCCUGGUGGAUGCAUGGUUGAUUGUGCCGCUUGCAAGCCUGUCUGUAAGUCUCAAAAAAACUUGAUAGUUGAUAUAAAUGCAAAUAGAGAACCUCUGAUACUACACAUCCAUUCUCAUCUCUUUGGGAACCACCAUUGACAGGAUAAUACUUUUCUGAUAAAAUAAUUGGUCAUUGUAUUAACUUCUGCACAUUUGGUCAAUGGCAGAGUGUGAUCAGCCAGUUUGCCAAGAUCCUCGUUUCAUAGGUGGUGAUGGCAUCACAUUUUACUUCCAUGGCAAGAAGGAUCGAGACUUCUGCCUUGUUUCAGACCCCAACCUGCACAUCAACGCCCACUUCAUUGGAAGGCGAAACCAGAACAUGAAGAGGGACUUCACUUGGGUCCAGUCCAUUGCAGUCUUCUUUGACAAACACCAACUCUUCGUUGGUGCCCAGAAGACCGCAACAUGGGAAGACUCUGCUGACCACCUCGCCCUUUCCUUCAACGGAGAGCCCAUAUUCCUCCAAGAAGCUGAAAGCACAAGGUGGCAAUCCGCAUCUGCACCAACUGUGUCCAUCACUAGGGUUAGUGACACUAACAGUAUGAUUGUUGAAGGCGAAGGGAGCUUCAGAAUCACAGCCAAGGUGGUGCCCAUCACUGAGGAAGACUCCCGGGUCCACAACUACGGUAUAACCAAAGAGGAUUGCUUUGCUCAUCUGGACCUCGGCUUCAAGUUCUUCUCAUUGAGCAACAAAGUGAACGGCAUUCUGGGACAGACCUACAGAAGGGAUUACAUGAUCCAGGUCAAGAUGGGUGUGUCCAUGCCUGUAAUAGGAAGAGAAAGAGACUUUAAAACUUCAAGCCUUCUUGCAGCAGACUGUCCUGUUGCUCAGUUUAAGAAAAUCAGUUACUCGGACGAUGAAGCUUCUUUGGAGGGUCUGGAGUUGCCAAGCUUAAGGUGUGGAAGUAGAGGAGAUGGGCGAGGGGUUGUGUGUAAACGAUAAGGAUAUUCUUCAAGUGUUUGUAAUAUUAAUUAUAUAGAAUAAGAUUGGAAGCCAUGGACAUUCUCUCUCUGUUGUUCAAAAGCUUCCUUGUAAGGUGAGCUCAAAUCGGCUCUGCCAAAUCUCUUGAAUAAAUAUUUUUCUCAUGAUCAUGAACAA